AUGUCGACGGUAGAAGGAGCCGGGCAGCGGGAGGAAGGGGAGUACGGAAGGGCGGCAAAGCGGCUAAAAACGGAGGAGAGGGAGACAGAGGCGGAGGAGAGAGAGGAGGGGGAAGAGGAGCUGGAGGAGGGGGAGGAUUCGGACUCCGGCUCGCUGCCCGGUAACGGAGAGCCAGCAGCGGACAACCGGGCCCGGUGGAGCGCCAGCCAAUACGGAGCAGGAGGACGGAGGGAUAAUGGUGAGGACUCCCAUCGUAUCUCUCCCAGCCCUGUGGUCCAUGUCAGGGGUCUGUGUGAGGCCGUGGUGGAAGCAGACCUGAUAGAUGCCCUGGAGAAGUUUGGACCCAUAUGUUAUGUGAUGAUGAUGCCAUUCAAGCGCCAGGCCCUGGUGGAAUUCUCAGCAGUCGAGAGCGCCGACCGUUGUGUUUCCUGUGGAGCCAAGGAGCCUGUUUACAUUGCAGGCCAACAGGCCUACUUUAAUUACUCCACAUCCAAGAGAAUCACCAGGCCGACCAAUGCUGACAACCCCAACAGUGGCAACAAGGUCCUCCUGCUGUCCAUACAGAAUCCCCUCUAUCCUAUAACCACGGAUGUUCUGUACACAGUGUGUAACCCCAUCGGCAGUGUGCUGAGGAUCGUCAUCUUUAAACGGAAUGGAAUCCAGGCCAUGGUGGAGUUUGAGUCCGUUCAGUGCGCUCAGAAGGCCAAAGCUGCUCUGAACGGGGCUGACAUCUACGCUGGUUGCUGUACACUUAAGAUUGAAUAUGCAAGGCCAACACGUCUGAAUGUGAUUAAGAACGACAACGAGAGCUGGGACUACACUAAACCUUACCUGGUCAGACGAGACCGUGGAAAGGGCAGGCAGAGACAGGCCAUUUUAGGAGAACACCCGUCAUCCUACAGUGAUAACGGCUAUGGUUCACCCUGCCCCCUGCUGCCUCUGCCUGGCAACAGCAGGUACAAGCUCACCUCAGUAGACGUUCCAGACAUGGUGUCCUACCCUCUGCCCCAGUCAUCCUCCUCGUACUCUGGCCACGCCCCUAGCUCUGUUGCCAUGGUGAGCGGCCUUCAUCCAUCCAAGAUGAACUGCACCCGCAUCUUCAACCUCUUCUGCCUCUACGGAAACAUUGAGAAGGUAAAGUUUAUGAAGAGUGUUCCUGGUACAGCAUUGGUUGAGAUGGGAGAUGAGUAUGCUGUGGACAGAGCCAUCACACACCUUAACAGCAUCAAGGUGUUUGGCAAAAGACUCAACGUUUGUGUGUCUAAGCAGCACGCAGUGAUCCCCAGUCAGGUGUUUGAGUUAGAGGACGGCAGCAGCAGCUAUAAGGACUUUGCCAUGACCAGAAACAACCGCUUCAGCAGCGCCGGACAGGCUUCUAAAAACAUCAUCCAGCCUCCAUCUGCAGUGCUACACUACUACAACGUUCCUCCAUGCAUAUCACAGGACCACCUACUGAGGCUGUGUACGGAGCAUGACGUGCCUGGCUUCGUCAAAUUCAAGAUGUUUGAUGCCAAACCCUCCUCUAAGACCAUCUCUGGCUUGCUGGAAUUUGACAGUAAGACGGAGGCUGUGGAGGUUCUUACUGUUCUCAACCACUACCAGAUCAGGAUACCCAAUGGGUCCAACCCAUACACCCUGAAGCUGUGUUUCUCCACCUCGUCUCAUCUUUAAAAAGUUGCAGAGCACAAAAAGAGGUUGCUGAGCCUGAUGGUGGCUGACCUCUGACCUGAGAGAGGGAGAGGGACCACGAGAGACAAGUGGAGGAGAUGUAAACAAAGAAAUAGGAAAGAAGAAGAGAAUGAGAAUGGCCUUUAAAGGUGAUGAAGACGACAGAAAGAGACGUGUUAAGUAGAGAGAAGACACCCAUCAUCCCACCAUCCAAUCACAACUCAACAAGCUGACAGACUAGUGACUGUGGGAAAUACUCUAAUAAUGUGUUCAUAUUGUCAAGUAGGACAACUGGAGGACACCAGAAGUCUUCUCUGCAUGGUAAACUUGUCUUUGAGUUUGGACCUAGACAGACCCACUCUGAGGAAUAUACUGUACAAAUCCACUUCAGUGUUGGUCUCUAGAAUCAUCUGGGCACACAGUGACUGAAAUAUUAUCUUACUGUUUAAAAAAUAUAAAUACAGCGUGUUGUUUUAAAAUGUCAUUGAACACAUACUGUACAGUAAAUGUGGAUACAAUUUUAACAGUUCUCAUUCAGGGUUCAUACUUUAACUUUCGUCCUGGCAGCAGCGAGGCCUACAGAGGUGUCCCUCCACUAUUCAGUCAAGCACAUAGUGAGAUAACUCAACUACUAAGCAGUUGUUAAGUUGCUGCGGAUAUUCGCGGUCCAGCGGAAGGUCCGGAUUUUCAGCCAACACUUUGGUGUAUGACAUGGUAUCUGGAAAAUGAAUGACCAUGAAUAUGGGUCUUUCCAAAAAGAUGAAUUCUGAUGGCUUUAAAAAUCUACUGUUAUUUCUUUAGCCCCACCUUCAGCUUUCCCACCAUCACCAAGUGUUCUAAUCAAGACACAAGAAAUAUGAAAGAAAUAUGAACUGCACUGCACUAAUGUGCACGUUGUCAUGAAAUAUUACAGGGACUGUUUGAAUCUGUGUAUUAUGUCUAUAGAUUAAAAUCCAGGAGCGUUGUAGGGGAAAUUCUUCCAUAAUACCACAGCAUAGACGUUCUCCCCCGACUUCUAGAAUGCUUUGCCUUAUAUACAUCUACUACCCAUCCAACAUUUUCAUCUACCACAGCAUCAUUACAGAAAACUGCCCUAACUGCUUGUUUCAAAGAUAGGAAAAAUCCCAUCUUUCUUUUACAGAAGCAAUUCCUGAACUCAUCACAGCCAUCACAGAUCUCCUAUCUCAUCUUAAGAAAUCCUAACUAUAAACAUGACUUCAAUCAGCACUCAUCCUGUCAUGCCUUGGCUCUGAUUGGUUGUUUUUGUUCAGGCCCAGUGAAUUCUUACAAUCCCAUUAGGAGCACUAGGAGGAGGAACCUGAUUGUUUCACAAUGUAUCUGUCUCAUGUACUACUGUCAGGAUAUAGUGAAAGCUUUAGCAAAUAUGAUGAAAACUUUUACAAAGAUUAGGUACUGCAGCAUACACGGUCCGGUAAAUGUAAAGCGUAAUCAUAUGCUUUGAGUGUCCUUUCAAUCAUAAUAUUUCGGUGUACAUGUCCCCCAUCUUCAUUGUCAUUGCCAAAUAGACUUAACAACAGUCUACGCCAUCCUAACUUAUGAAAUUUUAUUUUGGCCGCUUCUGUACAGCUAAAUUUCUAUCCUAAGAUAAGAUGGAAACAUGUUUCUGUAAUACCAAAAAUCCUAAAUGUCCUAAAAUGAGAUAAGAUAGGAUUUCAGAUUGUUAUGAGGCCUCUGAACUGAAAGAAGUAUGAUGUCUCCCUGGCAAGUUGAACUUAGCAUGAUCCUAACCCUGCCUAACACAGUCUAGAUGCUUUGAGUAGAGUUAUUGGUCCUAAUGCACUAACCUGUCAAUAUUCAAUUCUGCCCUUUAAAGAAUAGUCCUGCUUCUUAUCAUUACUUACUCAAUGUGAUGUAUUUCCUCUGGAAACAGUUGGGGUGGGACAGUGACGGAUCAGUUACAGUAGAGAGGUAGGAUUGUAGAAACAGUUCUGAUAACUUCAGACUGGACUGAACUACUGUGAGACCAGUAUGUUAAAGUAGAACCAGAAAGUGGCUCUCCAGCUUGGGAAUUAAUUUGAACACUCCUUUAAAGUAGCCCAAUCUUACCUUCAAGCUCAGUAUAUAUCAAUUCCACCUUAAAAUCAGUCUGCGUGGAAGAUGCUCAUUUCCAAGAUACAAGUAUAUACGUAUUUGCACUGCACAUGGAAAACUACUGGAACUGCAUAAUAUUAGAGGACAUUUUGCUUUGUUAAACUGCAUUCAUUUUUAAUUUUUAUAAUCUAAUUUCUUUGUGCAUUUUGAAUAUAGUAUGUGAGUAAGUAGGCUACCUAAAAUCUGGAAGAUUCUUAUGGAGGCACAGAGUGGGUGACUGCACACUGGGCUUUGGUGAAGCUCUGUAACAAAAAGUAUAUUGUUUCUGCUCCAGCCUGUAUCUCAUAUAGGACAUGCAGACGUUACUGCUUUACUUUAGUACACUGGGAUCCAUCACACUUUGAAUUAAGGCAUGCUUUUUGUAAAUAUGUAUAUAAGGAAAGGGACAGAUGAAACCCACUUUGUCUGCAGUUAAAUUAUUGCUUAUUUAGAUGUUGUUUGUAUGUCUCUUACAUCACUUGAAUCUUACUGUAUUUCUAAGGAGGUUUUAUUUAUUCUUUUUUAAGUUUUUUUUAAGCCUUUAAGGGUGUUUGAUGAAUGAAGGCUAUUGUUAUUCCGAAGCUGAUGUGAGUAUAAGACAGUUCCACAGAUAUCUCAUGAUUUUGAGGCUGUAAAGGUUUAAUGUUGUUAAUAGUCAGUAAUCACUAAGAAAAAAAAAACUAUAUUGUUCCGUUCAUUCAAGAAUCUCUGUGGUUGUAACUUAAAUGUACAAGUUCAAAUUUAAUAAAUUCAGGUUUGGGGCUGUAAGGUCAGCUCCACUCAGCUC